UUUUAUUUUGGUAUCUUCUGCAUCAGUUUACGAGUUCGUAAUUUGGAUUCUUUAUUUUAUUUCCUUGUUUAGUAGAUGCAAAUGCCGCCCUUAAUCACUCAGCGGUGCGUGUGGAGUACGCUACUUCCCUCUAACCUCUACGGUCUCCCACCUUCCGUUGGCAAUCGCCGGAGACCUAAUUUAAACCUACUUUGCGGUCCGUGCAAAAUCCGCUGCUUUAUUAUCCUCUCAUCAUUCUCCCAAAUUCCGUCGGCUAUGGCCGGAGAGCUAAUUUAAACCUACUUUCUUGUCCGUGUAGUAUCUGUUACUUUCACAUCCCCUCUGCCGCCUUCCACCUUCCACCUUCCACCUUCCACCUUCCGUCGUCGAUUGCAAGAGACCUAAUUUUGGUUUCUCUUUGGUCGAUUCUAUCAAUGGAAACCCAGCAACGGAGGUUCCGCCUCCAGGUUCUCUCGAUUUUCUUUCUCUGCCUGGUGGUCUCUGCCCGCUGCGUCGACCGGAACUGGUGGAAGAAGAAGAAGCACGAUAUCAAGGGCCCUAUCAAGACAAUUGUGGUCGUAAUGAUGGAAAAUCGCUCCUUUGAUCAUAUGCUCGGAUGGCUUAAGUCCUCCAGGCCGGACAUUGACGGCCUUACUGGCCGGGAGUCAAAUCGGCUAUCGGUCUCCGACCCUUCCUCUCCGGAAAUUUUUGUUACCGACGACGCAGUAUUUAUCGAUUCGGACCCCGGCCACUCCUUCCAGGCUAUCCGCGAGCAGAUCUUUGGCUCCUCAGACGCCUCCGCCAUACCCGCUCCAAUGAAUGGUUUUGCUCAGCAGGCAGCCAGCAUGGGUGAAGGCAUGGAACAUACUGUCAUGAGCGGUUUCGCCCCGGAAAACGUUCCUAUCUUCGCCGCCCUUGCUAAUGAAUUCGCCGUCUUCGAUCGCUGGUUUGCUUCCGCGCCAACGUCAACCCAGCCCAACCGCUUCUACGUGCACUCCGCUACUUCCCAUGGUGCCAUGAGUAACGUCAGGCAUGAUCUCAUUCAUGGAUUUCCGCAAAAGACAAUCUUUGACUCCCUCGACGAAGAGGGGCUAAGCUUCGGAAUUUACUAUCAGAACAUCCCAGCCACGCUUUUCUUCAAGAGCCUACGGAAGCUAAAGCACUCCUUAAAUUUCCACAACUACCAGUACACCUUCAAGCUGCACGCAAGGUCGGGGAAGCUGCCAAAUUAUGCUGUGAUCGAGCAGCGCUAUUUUGAUUGCGAACUCUUUCCAGCUAAUGAUGAUCACCCCUCUCAUGACGUUGCUCGUGGACAGCGGUUCGUUAAGGAGGUCUACGAGACGCUCAGAGCGAGCCCACAGUGGAACGAGACGGCUCUACUCAUCACGUAUGAUGAGCAUGGGGGUUUCUUUGAUCAUGUUCCGACACCAGUGGAAGGCGUGCCGAACCCUGAUGGAAUCAUUGGUCCGGAACCCUACUACUUCAAAUUCGAUCGCUUGGGGGUGCGGGUGCCUACCUUCCUUAUAUCACCUUGGAUUGAGAAGGGAACAGGUGAGUGGCCUAAUCUUUGCAUUCUUGCAAGCUUUCUUGUUUUUGGGGAACCUUAGGCUGUUAAUGAACUC